GAACAUUUUUUGUUGAUACACUGAACAGCAAUGCCUGAACCGAAAACUGCUCCUGCUCCCAAGAAGGGCUCUAAGAAAGCCGUUUCUAAGAGCCAGGCGAAAGGUGGAAAGAAACGCAGAAAGUCCAGGAGGGAAAGCUAUGCCAUCUAUGUGUACAAGGUGCUGAAGCAGGUUCAUCCCGAUACGGGCAUUUCUUCGAAGGCAAUGGGAAUCAUGAAUUCAUUUGUGAAUGACAUCUUCGAGCGCAUCGCCGGUGAGGCUUCUCGUCUUGCUCACUACAACAAGCGCUCAACCAUCUCUUCCAGGGAGAUCCAGACUGCUGUGAGACUCUUGUUACCAGGCGAAUUGGCAAAGCAUGCCGUGUCUGAGGGUACCAAGGCAGUUACCAAGUACACCAGCUCCAAAUAAACUACAGAACUCCUGAUUCAAACCAACGGCUCUUUUCAGAGCCACC